AUGUCAGUCCGGCUCAUUUUGCUUCUUAUUACCUUAGAAUUAUUAUGCCAGGUUUCUGGAAAAAGUGUGGCCAAGCCAGAGCAUCAAAAGAGACACAAAAGACACAUCAAAUUGCCAUUUGUUGGUAAGCCUUGUACCUCUCAACCUUAAAGCCCUCAAAAAUAUCCAAAAUUUCAGCCGAAGAUUUGUCAAACAAUCCAGAAGUUCGUCGAGUUCUUCUAAGUUGUCCAAAAACCAAUGAGAAUGAGCCGAAAAGAUAUUUGGAGUUUGAAGAGCUUUGCGAUGAUAUUCGAGAUUGUCCAAAUGGCGAGGAUGAGGAGGAGCAUUUUUGCAUGUUUAAGAAAUUAGUAGGUUUUGGACUUGGGCUAAGUGCACUAGGGGUUCUCCUCUCUCUCUUCAGAAGCUCAUAAAUGUUUUCCAGGAAGACGCGGAGAUCCAGCGCCUCAAGAGUAACAUCCGAGCAGUAAUUCGUGCUAGAAGUCGUAAACAACGUCCAAUCAACCAAUUCGUCACCUCCCAUCAAACCCACAAACUCGAACAAGACGUAGAAGAUGAGCAAGAAGCAAAAACUGAAGAAAAAAUUAACAAAUUUGUGAUGAACAAACUCUGGGACGAAAACGAACAUCACGAUUAUGAUGAUUCUUAUGAAUCAGAAGAAGAAGAAGAAAAAGAAUCGGAAGAGCAAGCCAAAGAAUCGGCAAAAAAUGCGAAUAAAUCGAGAAUCUCUGAAGCAUUCCGUGUCACAUCAUAA